GCAGACGUGAAAGAAAAAAGAAAGAGAACCGUUAUUUCCUUUUUCUUCGCUCUUCAUUUAUUUCGACCCUACCAAGCCGAGCCAAGCACUUUUCGCUGUCAGAGCUCUCUUGUCAAUAUGGAUAUGAAUAACACUGAGACAUACGACGAGGAUCUGAACGAUCAACCUGUCGAUUACAGUAAGAAAUAUAUUGAGAGAAAUGCUGCAUCGCAGAAUCAACGCUUGAUUGAUGGAGCACAGGCGAGCUGUGAAUUCGAUAAACAUGACAACAAGGUGGACCUGUUCGGCAAUUAUGCAGAAACCGAUCUCGAUCAGCCCACAGAUUAUAGCCUACGAUACGCUGAGGACGACACUGACGAAGAGGAGAAGCAAAAUACCGAAUACUUUCCUGGCAGUGAACAAGAGGAUACCGUCAAGACUUACUGCACUGAAGGAACUCCCUAUGAAACUCCAUUUAACUUUUCCACAGCUACUUCCAUGUCGGAUCUUCGAGUUGAAGACAUAAAAGAGAAUGUACUUCUGAGGAAAGUACCAAAGAAAAUGAUGGAAGUAGCCAGCAAGAUACCUGUGUCCUUUAUCGAACAAACUGAAGUUCUUACUUGUGACGAACAAGAUGGUUUAAUAACAAAAGAGCUUGAGGAGAACUCGAAGGAUACUGCGGUUCUUAAUCCUGGACAAGUAACUCCAGAAAAGAUAGUGAAUUAUUAUGAGGAGGAAGAAACAUCCCAUGGCUUCUUACGUGCUAAUUCUCUUAGUUCUUUGAAUAGCGCCAUGACAACACCUCAAAAUAAUAUUACAGAAGUUAUAUCAAAAGAAGAUUUAUCUCCAGUGAAUAAAGAAGAAUUGGAAAAUGAUAAUCACAAUGUUAAGUUGAAUAAUAGUCAAAUUGAAAUAUCAUCAGUGAAUGAUAAUUCUUUUGAGAACAAGAGUAGUCCACGUGUGCUAGAUAAAGAAGGAAAAAUGGUGACAUUUGGUGGCCAAGAUUAUUAUGCGGAAGAAACUCCUCUAAUGUUUUCACGCUGUAGUUCACUUGGCUCAUUGAGUGGUUUUGAGCAAUAUUCUAUUCAUGAUGAUCGUAGUUCUGUGAUCAGUGAUUUUAGCCGUAGGACUAGUGGUGCAGUCUCACCCAGUGAACUGCCUGAUUCACCUACACAAACAGUUUUACCUAGUCCACGUAGUCAUAAAAUUCAGAAUCCAGAAUUUAUAUCAAAGAUGCAAGAAGAAGCAGUAAGACCAUCAGUCAGACAUUUAUUAUUUUCUAAAUCGCAUGUCACAAGGAAUAGUGUUUUUGAAGAUGACAUUGCAACUUUUAAGGAAGAAUCAACACCAAUUGAAUUUUCUAGUGCAACCAGUCUGAGCUCUCUUACAAUUGAUGACGAAGUUAAAAUACCAAACGAUAGUAAAACAUAUCAUAUAAUGGAACAAGUAUUUGAUAAAAAUGAGAAAGAUGUUCAUAUACUCGAAAAAGAUCUUCUUAAUAUGAAAAUAAGUAGCCCAGAAAGUCACGUGAAAGAGGAACAAGUAAGUGAUGGUGAUGAAGAUGACGAUGAUAUAUUAGCUGCUUGUAUAAAUAUGGGAAUGCAAACUAACAGGUAUAGACAGUCUCUGAACUCUCAGAAAUCUGUACAUCCGGAAUCGCCAAGAAUCUUAGUGUCAUAUCAGAGAAAUUCUAUUCCAAGCAGAUUGGAAUCACACGCGACUUCUCUGAAGACGCCUGUUGGUACUUCAAAGAAUAGAACUGCGAUGGAAAUUGUUGCUUCAGAUACUGUACAUGUGUAUUGCACGGAGGAUACACCCGCAGAUAUCUCUCCAGUAGGAUCUCAAUCCAAUUUGUCUGCUCUCUCAAUGCCAAGUGUACAAGAGGAUAUAGAGAAGAUCAUAUGCGAACGAGACAAAUCGGCUGAGAUAGAUUGUCACAGAAAUGACUUGUCCGAUGACAAUUUCAAUCUUUCGGGCGAGGAUGAGAAAAUAUUAGAUGAAUGCAUUCAAUCGGGCAUACCUAAGGCGAGGCAAGUAACUCCACCCCCAACAAAUGGUAUUCUGUUUGUAAAAAAAUCUGAAACACUAUCGCAGAAAUUCAACAUAUGCGGUACACCAUCGUCUUCACCCGUUGAGACAAGUCAUGGGAAUAAAAAUUCCAUAUUGAGUCCCAAGUCGCCAAGUAGUGCGUCAUUAAGACAUCCGGAUGAAUUUUCAGAUGAUAGCCUGAAUCAUUCAGACGACGAUGCAAUUUUAACAGAGUGUAUACAAUCUGCAAUGCCAAAGGCAAGAUUUAGUUUAUCGCCGAUAGUUAGAUCAGCACAAACUGUAGAAAAUUCUACAAUGAUGAAUAUGCAAUCGUCUUCUACUUCAUCAAUAUCUUUUCAGCCAAGAUAUAUAGAACAAAAAAAAAGUGCGAUGAAAAAACUCUCAACGUUCGAAGACAAUGUCGAACUUUCUGAAGAAGAUGAUAUCAUAUUAGCACAAUGCAUUAGAUCUGGUAUGCCAAAAGCAUUAAAUUCCAUGCCGUUUGCAACAAUGGUAUCCACAGCCAAGAAAUCUGAACCAUCUUUGAAAGCUAUAGGUAGUUCGUCCAUAUCUUUGACUUCUCAUUCUGCAAAUAAGUCUCAUUCUCCCAGGAAAGCUAUGCUGUAUUCACCAUCAUUGUACAAAUCUGUAAAUAUCAACACAACGGAUGUGCGUUUUGCAUCCGGCAGAAACGUAUCCGGCAAUUUUAACGAUUUCCUUGGGAAAGCAGCAAGCAGUAAUAUAGCACAGACCUCCGGUCAGACAUUAAAAAAUUGUGAUAACGGUACGCGCGAAAAGAUAAACAAUUCGCCGCAUUGUGCUCGGAGAUCACCGCUUCGUCAUACGGAAAGUCAAAACGGUAAUUUCGUCUACAAUUUGUGUAUGCCUUUGCGAUCUCGCGAUGUGAAAUGUGCGUCGAUUUGUAAUAGAGUUCAAAACGACGAUGAUUAUGUAUUUAAAAAUCAUAAUACAGUAAAAUCCAACACUGUGCCUUUGCGCCAUAGUUCGAUAAGUUCCUUCAAUGAAGGUUUAUUUCCAACGCAAGACUGGGCCCUGCUGAAAUUGUGCAUUGCUUCUGGUAUGCCUGGAAAAUGUCACAUUAAGGGAACUAAACCAAAUGAAAGUUCCAAUGCCCACGAUGACUGCGAACCAGAGGAUAAUUAUUCAGUAUCCAGUUACAAUUCUUAUGUCUGUAAGACAUAAUGUGCGAAUAUCGCAUGUCACGAAAAAAAGUUUCUUUUUCUGUUUAACAAUUUGUAUAUAUUAUUUUUAAGAAGACUGAAUAUUUUUGUAUAUUAAUAAAGGACUAUUGCAUUUCAGAUGAUUAAAA